GGUUCUGUGCGCGAGAAAGUGGGCGAGACAUGUAGAUCCAUUCAACCUGCUUAUAGCAAGGAUCCGAAAAUUGGAUAUCGACGCCUGUGUUUAUCUAAUCAGGUCAGCUGCAUAGCUAACGUUGACUUGGAAAAACCGCCUUAGCAAAUUAGCCCACAUCAAGAAACGCCGUGUUUUCGCUGAUGUUGGAGAGAGACUGCUAGAUUCAGAUAUAAGCUAAAUAAAUGCUUCCACAAUGGCAGUCAAGGCUCAGGUACUGUAUGACUUCACUGCUGAGCCAGGCAACAGUGAACUAAGUAUCCGAGAGGGAGAAACACUCACCGUCUUAAAUCAGAAUGUGGGUGGAGGCUGGGUAGAAGCCCAGAACUCUAGAGGACAAACAGGUUUGGUGCCAGAGGAUUAUAUACAGACUAAUUCAAGAUCGGCAGCUUCUUCAGUGGGAUCUUUUAAUGAUGCCUACAGUGCCACUUCCUACAGCACUGCAGCCCCUCAGGGAGUUAAUGGCAGUGAUGCUUGGGCGGCUCACAGUACUGAGAAUUGGGACUCUACUCAACAGCAAGCGCUAGCCUAUCAAGGUUCCAUUGAUGAUGAUGAGUGGGAUGAUGAGUCAGAUGAUGGCAAGUCCACAGGCGGCUACAGUUGGUCACAGAGUGAGGAGGGAGGAGGGACAAUGCAGCGCGGCGCAGGCCAUCACACUAUGAAGAUUUCUCUCAACAAAGUCUUUUCCAAGACACCAAAUCCUGAAGUGUUUCUACUGACAAAACAUAUGGUCAAAGAAAAUGACAGAUUGCCAAUAUACAUGGGUGAGGUGGGUCCAGUUUGGCUAUAUCCACAAGCUCAGCUUGACUGUGUGGUGGCAGAUCCCAAAAAAGGGUCUAAAAUGUACGGUCUGAAGAGUUAUAUUGAGUAUCAGAUUACACCUAAUAGUACAAACAGACCUGUCAAUCACAGAUACAAACACUUUGAUUGGCUGUAUGAGAGACUUAUGGAAAAGUUUGGAUGUGCUUUCCCCAUUCCAUGUCUUCCGGAUAAGCAAGUCACAGGUCGUUUUGAAGAUGAGUUUAUUAAAAUGCGAAUGGAGCGCCUACAGGGCUGGAUGUCUCGUAUGUGCAGACACCCUGUAGUUGCAAACAGUGAAGUUUUUCAACUGUUCCUCACUUACGCAGAUGAGAAGGACUGGAAAAUAGGCAAACGGAAAGCAGAGAAAGACGAGACAGUGGGAGUAAUGGUCUUCUCCACAGUGGAUCCUGAGAUCCGAGAACUAGAUCCUACAGAAGUAGAGCAAAAGUGUGAAACAUUUAGCCGUUUUACCAGAUCCAUGGAUGAUCGGGUUAAGGACCUUCUUUCUGUUGGCCAUCUUCACUGGAAGAGAUGUACAGGACCCCUACAGAAAGAAUACCAGCGGAUUGGAAAAGCAUUUCAGAACCUGUCUUCAGUUUUCAACACCAGUGGAUACCAGGGGGAAGCGACUCUUACUGAAGCAUUAACUGCAACAGGGAAGACAUAUGAAGAGAUAGCAGAGAUAUGUGCUGGACAGCCAAAAAAAGACUUGCACUUCCUGAUGGAAACAAACAGUGAAUACAAAGGACUGCUUGGCUGCUUCCCUGACAUAAUAGGAGUCCACAAGGCCGCUAUUGAAAAAGUUAAAGAAGCAGAUCGUCUCGUGGCAAUGAAUAAGAUCGGACCCCAGGACAAGCACAUCAUGGCAAAGAAUCUGAGUACAAUGUCCUAUGCACUGCAAGCUGAGAUGAACCACUUCCAUAGCAACCGUAUCUAUGACUACAACAGAGUCAUGCAACUCUACUUGCAAGAGCAGGUGCAAUUCUAUGAGACUAUUGUGGGGAAGCUGAAGCACGCUCUUAGUCAGUACACGACCUUCUGAGAACACCUGCCAUCCCCUCACCCCACUACCAGCAACAUCCCACCCUCCCCCUGCAAUAAGAGGAACUCAUUUUGCCCUCAACUGUGAAGUAUGCAACACCUCCAUACACAUAUGGUCAUUCUUUUAAUUUAAUCAGUGUGUUUUUUUUUUUUAUAAGGGGGAACUUCGUGUGUUAAUGACAGUGAAUGAUAGUGAAAAGAGUUUUACAGUUAUAGUCCAGAGCUAUAGUAAACAUUAGCCAUUAGUUAAGGCUUGUUCCGAUCAAGGAAACUGCAAACACAUUAGCAGCAAACUGCUUCCCAUGAAGCAAGCAUUCCAAAGCAUAUUAACAGGUAUCCUGCCAUUGCACAGUAAAAAAUGUAUCUGAUGCAUUUUUUGUUUAUGUAUGAAUUAUACACCAAUAACACCACUUUGAAGUCAUCUUCCUAACAAAGUUGGGGUUAGGCAUAUUUCUGCUGCUGAGGCCAUCUGCCUUUCUACCCAAAUGUGGUGAACUAAUGGGAAGUUGACAUUUGUUUGCAAAUGUACGUGAAUGAUUGAAACAAAGAUCAAUUUCAGCAUAUUGCUAAUGUUUUGCUAAUGGGUUUAUUCUUUUGCUUGUGCAAGUCGUCCUUAUACAGUGAUUGGACAUCCAUGUUGUUUGAUAAAGAUUGGUCUCCAGCUCCUAUUCCUCUGCAUAUCUCUUUAAAUUUGUGCCUAAUAAGAUUUUUACACUGAGCCAGGGCCUUAAACUGUGUGACCAAAUGCACGACUGUCUAAACUUUCUUGUAUGUUUUAAGUUCAAUAAGACAUAAUACAAUUUAUUUUAAAUCACUAUUUCUUAAAUGUAAUAUACUCACUGUGACUUCAGGUUUUUCUAUCAUUAAACUGUGAUAAAGAAUAUGUAUUAUAUUAUACAAAAUCACAAAUAUUUUUAACUAAAUCCUCCAUAACCCUAUAUGAAAUAAAGUUAAGAUGAAAAAGAGUCCCAGUGGAUAGAAAUGCUCCACAUUUUUGAUUGGCUACCUCAAGAUGACACAUCUAACGAGACAUUAGUAGGAAUUAUAGCGAUGCAAAAUAUUGAGAUUUUUGUGUUGGUGAUGCACCUUAAAUAUACAUUUAUUGUGGAUUUAAUAUUGUGAAGAAUCUAAGACCCAAUCUGAAGAAUCUACCCAAACCUAAUUAGCUGAAAACAUGUUAGCUAUUAAUCACUGAAGUCAAACAGAACUGGAUAAACACAGUAUAUAGUAUUAUGAGUAUUAAAAAAUGUCCAGUGACUGUUUUAAUUUACAGAUCAGAAUUUAUAAACAUUAAUAUAUUUAGUAUCUGUAUCUUUCCAGUGUUUAUUAAAAAAAAAACUCCCAAUAAACAUUGUUACAGGUCUGUGUCUGCAGUGACCAGGAUUUUUUGAAUGAUAAAAUGUUAUAAAAUUUGCUAUCAUUAAGCAAAAAUGGAAAUGUUCCUUCUAUAACCCUUUGUGAAAUAAAGUCAUAUGUAUAUCUC